AUGGGCCUUCUUAUCUCAGGCUUGAGCCAGUCAUUUCCUCCAAAGUCCAAAUUCGCUGUGUCCGAUAUUCCUGACCUGUCAGAUCAGGUCAUCAUCGUGACGGGCGCUAGCACCGGUAUAGGCUUCGACACUGCUCAGGCUCUCUUGGAGCACAAUGCCAAAGUGUACAUUGCCGCACGCAACGAAGAAAAGGCCAAGGCAGCGAUCGUGAAACUCAAGCAAGAAACUGGAAAAGACAUCGUCCACUUUCUUCUUCUUGACCUCGCAGACCUGCAUUCCGUCAAACGUGCUGCAGAGGAGUUUGCUCGCAAGGAGACCCAACUUCAUGCUCUCUUCAACAACGGCGGUGUCAUGGUGCCGCCCGUCGAUCAAUUGACCACCCAAGGCUACGACUUGCAAUGGGGUACAAAUGUGCUGGGUCAUUUCUACUUCACCAAGCUGCUUCUUCCUAUCCUCACAGCCACGGCACCCACGACUCCGAGCAAAACUGCACGAGUUAUCCACACGGCCUCUUUUGCAUCUUAUAUGCCUUCGCGUCUCGACUUCAACACUUUCAAAGACAGUCCUGCACGCAAACGGAUGGGUGUAAACAAUCUCUACUCUCAGAGCAAACUUGGAAAUGCCAUCUUCAGCAACGAGUUGGCGCGUAGAUUUCGAGGCCAAGGCAUCGUCUCGGUCGCUGUCAACCCAGGAAAUCUCAAGACAGAACUGCAGCGUCAUUUGGGUUCCAUCGGUCAAAUGAUUCUCAACACUAUUUUGUAUCCAGCACCAUUCGGAGCUCUAACACAACUUUGGGCUGGGACAACUGAUGCCGGAAUGGAACUCAAUGGCAAGUUCGCAGUCCCGUGGGCACGGGUUGGUCCUAUGCCAUACGGUGCCACCGACGAGAGCGCUGCCAAAGCAUUGUGGGACUGGCUGGAGGAGCAAGUAGCCAAUGUCUAG